CUGACUAAUUUUUAUUUAUUUAUUUGGUUAAAAAAGGACUGUUAUCUGUUUUCAAGUCCGUUCCUGUAUUUGGGCCUUUUUUCCAGUGUCUACUCAACAGGCAACAGGUACCUUGGUAACGCUACUGUGUCUUUACUCUUGUUCUUGUUGCUGAUGGUUACUUUGAAGCGGAGAGUAGGUCCUAGAAGGAACACUGUCUACUGACCAAAGAUCUCUCCACUGAUUGUAUGGGAGAAACAUCUGAUUUUCGUAGGUGGGAUGAAUUGAUUCCUGAUGCCUUAGGGGUAAUCUUCACCAAUCUUUCUCUCCAGGAGAGAGUGACGGUGAUCCCCAGGGUAUGUAAAUCAUGGGCUAAAGCAGUAACUGGACCUUACUGCUGGCAAGAGAUAGACAUUAAGGAGUGGAGCAACCGCUGCCAGCCUGAUCAACUUGACCGCAUGAUUGAGAUGCUUAUCACAAGGAGUUGUGGAUCCCUACGCAAGCUCUGUGUUUCUGGUCUCCAAACUGAGAGGAUUUUCACUUUCAUUGCUGAAAAUGCCUGCUCCCUCCAGACUUUGCGGCUGCCAAGGAGCAGUAUGAGUGAUUCCAUUGUGGAACAGAUUGCUGGGAGGCUUUCUAUGAUUUCUUUCUUGGAUGUGAGCUACUGUAUUAAAAUUGGUGCCAGUGCGCUAGAGAUAAUUGGCAAGAACUGCAAGCUACUAGAAGGGUUGUGUCGGAACAUGCAUCCAUUGGAUACCGCGGGCAAGCCGUUACAGGAUGAUGAAGCAUAUGCAAUUGCCUCCACAAUGCCUAAGCUCAAGCAUCUUGAAAUGGCUUAUCAUCUUAUCAGCACUUCGGGUGUUCUUCAAAUACUUUCAAACUGUCCUAAGCUUGAAUUUUUGGAUCAGAGGGGUUGUUGGGGUGUCACACUGGACAACUUGUUCGUGAAGCAGAAGUUUCCAAAGCUGAAGGUUUUGGGGCCUUUUGUUCUUGACACUUAUGAGAGUGAUGGCUGGGAUGAUUUCUCAGAUAUAUCAGAUUCUUCUGAGUUUUUGGCCUGGGACUUUGUGGAUGGUGGCGUUGGUGAAUACUACGUUGAUGACAGUGACAGUUAUGAUGGGAUGUGGGAUGAGGGAGGCAGGCUAGAUGAACUUCAUUUCAGAUUCUAUGAAGAGAUUGAAGAUGCAGGAAUGUAUUGGCCUCCAUCUCCAUAAACUGUAUUACUUGUUAUCAAUUGCAUGGUUUUAUAUACUUUCUGUAACUAAUGCUUUUGCUCGACUUUUAUGUGCUCUAUGAAUUAUGUGCUUUUUUUUUUCCUUGAAAAUGAACAAGUUUGCCUUGCUCUUUCUAUGUUAACAGAGUAACAUUGUU